GUUUAUAAUACGACUGCGGUUUCAAUAAGCUUCAGUUAAUCUUAGACUGUUGGGUUAAUAACAUCUAAGCAUAAAAAUCAGUAAAGGGAAAGAAACUCAAGGGUAAUCACAAGAAUGAUGAUGUUAAAACCACGUUCGUUCUUCCUUUGUUUUUGCUUCCUCUGCGGAAUGCACAGCGCAACUGCUUUCGAAGUUGUUCUUAACGAGAAGGAAGAAAUCUGCUUGGCAAGGAAAAAUACAACGGCUGAAAAUUGUGCUCUAAAACCAGAUCUAGUGGAAAUAAAAGCAUUGUUGUCUGAGAUGAAAGCUGAGAUCUUGUUUCAGUUACAAGAAACACUGAUUAAAUCAAUCGUCUGUACCAAUGAUUCAAUGCAAAUAAAAGGUAAAGACUGCGCUGAUUUGUACAUGAAGGGAGUUAGACAGAAUGGAGUUUACAAGAUUGAUCCAGACGGCAAGGGCAGUUUCAAUGUUCGCUGUGAUAUGACGACAUCUGGUGGAGGAUGGACGGUGUUUCAACGUCGUCUUGAUGGCAGUGUUGAUUUCUACCGAGGAUGGCAAGAUUAUAAGCAUGGCUUUGGUGAUUUGAAGGGCGAGUUCUGGCUUGGAUUAGACAAAAUCCACAGACUGACAACGGCUUCUCGAAAUAAGCUUCGUAUCGACCUGGAAGACACUUCUGGGAGCAAAAGGUACGCAGAAUAUGGUUUAUUUGCUGUGACCAGCGAGCGUCAGAAAUAUCAACUUAGCCUUGGAACAUAUUCUGGCAAUGCAGGAGAUUCUCUAACUCGUCAGAAAGAUAUGGCGUUCUCAACAAAGGAUUCCGACAAUGACAUAUACUCCGGAAAAUGUGCAAUCGCAUACAAGGGUGGUUGGUGGUAUCAGGUUUGCCAUAAUUCCAACCUUAAUGGUCUGUAUCAUCAUGGUGCACACAGUUCAUUUGCUGAUGGUAUCAACUGGCGUGCGUGGAAAGGGUAUUACUAUUCCUUGAAAUCAACAGCAAUGAAAAUCCGUCCACGAGCAUUUGGCCUGAGGGCAUAACUAUCAUUACCCGCACUUUGCAUUAUUCAACAAUGAAAACGAACAUGUAACUCACUUUAAGGCUCACAAAAAUAUGAUUUAGGGAAGUUAGUUAACCUUUGUUAGUGAAGUAAUUGUCAAUUUUUUCUUAAUAAAUCUACUCAAUAUUUCA